AUGCUCGCAGCUCAGGAGAUUUACAAGUCGGUGGAGGACACUAUCCUGGAGUACCAGGAGGAGAUCGCCAUCCGGGAGAGAGAGAACGACCAUCUGAGGCGCAGGCUUCGGGACGCGGGCAUCGAGAUAUGGCCAGACCGGCCGUCCAUGGCUCUGCUGGAGGACGACGACAGCGAACACCCGCGGCGCGAGUGGAGCCCGAGCAUGGGCCACGAGGAGCGCAUUCCUGUGCAGAUCAAGGAUAAACGGGAACAUCGUCCAAACACCGAGCAACCGCACAGUCAUACACACAACUCACACAACCAGCACUCUUCUCACUCCUCACACUCCUCACACACCUCCCACUCCUCCUCUGAGAACCUGUACCCCUCGCAGCGCGCAGACUACCCCCAAGAGGCGCCGCACUCCUCGAGCCUGCAGCAGGGCGUGGAGAACCGUGAGCACGAGGCACCGAGCCGGAACCCUGUGCGGAAACUGGAGCCCAACACGAAUGCUGCGCCGCAGCCUCUGGCUCCUGUCAACAACAACUGCUCCAAUAGCGACAACAUCGACAUCAUUGGGGAGAGCGUCGUGAUGAAGGGCGGCGCCAGAGCACAGUCCUCGCACAUGCGCAGCACAGCGGCCAGCACCAACACAGACUGCCCGCAUCAGAAGUCUCCCAUCCAGCCGCACAUGUCGUCCUUCUGCUGUAAAGUGUGCGGUGAGGCCUUCAGCCACAUGGGCCACCUCCACGUGCACGUGCAGGUGCACACACGCGAGAAGCCGUACCGCUGUGGCGUCUGUGGCAAGUGCUGCAGCUCUAGCGGGCGGCUGCAGGAGCACCAGCGCAGCCACACGGGGGAGAAGCCAUUCCGCUGCCAGAUCUGCGGCAAAGGCUUCACGCAGAUGGCUCACCUCAAAGUGCACAUGCGCAUCCACACAGGAGAGAAGCCCUACAGCUGCCCUGUCUGUGGCAAGUGCUUCAGCCGUUCGGACAAAAUCAAGCGCCACCUGCAGACACACAACCGCGACGGCCAGUACUUCUCAGGGCAAUAA